UCGUUUUAAUAAAACAGGGCUGAGCUUCAAGCUCAGAGGCAGGUGCUGUCCCGCAGCCAGCCGGGCUGCGUCCUUCUUCCAACCUGAGCCUGCCGGGGAGGUGAGAGGCUGAGGGGCUGCGAGAAGCGCCUUCCCAUCCCCGGCCGCUCGCUUUUGCCUUGUCGCGCACACGGGAAAGACCAUGGAGAAGAAGCCGCCGAUGCUGCUGCUGCUGCUGCUGUUGGUCCCAGGGGGGCCGGCAUGGGCUGCGAAGGAGAAGUGUCUCACCAAGAGGUACACCACCAGCGGGGAGUGCUGCAAAGCCUGCACCCUGGGAGAAGGGGUAGCGCAGCCCUGUGGGGUGAAUCAGACGGUCUGUGAGCCAUGCCUGGACAGCGUGACCUACUCGGAUACCGUCAGUGCCACGGAGGCGUGCAAGCCGUGCACAGAGUGCGUGGGCCUGCAGAGCAUGUCGGCUCCCUGCGUGGAGUCAGACGACGCCGUCUGCAAAUGCGCCUACGGCUACUACGAGGAUGAGGGGAGCGGCCAGUGCAAGGAAUGCGACAUCUGCGAGGUGGGCUACGGGCUGAUGUUCCCAUGCGGGGACACUCAGAACACGAUCUGCGAGGAGUGCCCCGACGGGACCUUCUCUGACGAAGCCAACCACGUGGACCCCUGCUUACCCUGCACCAUCUGUGAGGAGAACGAGGUCAUGAUCCAGGAGUGCACCCCGAUAUCCGACGCUGAGUGCAGAGAUCUUCACCCGCGCUGGACGCCUCGGACCCCAACCCUGAUGGGGUCUGACAGCCCCGUGCCUUUCACCAAAGACCCGUACAAUACCGAAGGCAUCACCAGCACCCUCGCAGAUACAGUCACCACCGUCCUGGGUAGCUCCCAGCCAGUCGUGAGCCGCGGCACUGCUUAUAACCUCAUCCCUGUCUACUGCUCCAUCCUGGCAGCCGUGGUGGUGGGGCUAGUGGCCUACAUUGCUUUCAAAAGGUGGAACAGCUGCAAACAGAACAAACAGGGCGCCAACAACCGCCCUGUCAACCAGACCCCCUCUCCGGAAGGAGAGAAGCUUCACAGCGACAGCGGGAUCUCCGUGGACAGCCAGAGCCUUCACGACCAACAGCCACCAACGCAGGCCGCACAGGUGCAGGCUGUCAAAGGAGAUGGGAACCUCUAUACCAGCCUGCCACCAAACAAGCAAGAGGAGGUGGAGAAGCUCCUGAACAGCUCCCCAGAGGACACCUGGCGUCACCUGGCGGGGGAGCUGGGCUACAAGGAGGAUCACAUAGACUCCUUCACGCAGGAGGAGUGUCCUGUCCGGGCCCUGCUCUCCGACUGGUCCAGCAAGGACAGCGCCACCAUGGACACCCUUUAUUCCGCCCUGCGUCGAAUCCAGCGGGGAGACAUUGUGGAGAGCUUGUACAGCGAGUCGACCGCCACGUCGCCGGUGUGAAGGGAGGGGUGGGAGAGGCGCUCCCCAGCCAGCCCCUCUGCGACCCCAUGGAGAUACCAGCCGGCGAGAAGAUAUGAAGGAAAUGGGGUUCCCGCCUGGGUCCCCCGCUAUUUACGAACAAUCCCAUAUGCACUGACCUCUUAUUUUCAGUAUUAUCUCCUUUUUUCCAUUACCCUUUCCCCUGGGGGACCGGCCGAUGCUAAAGCAGAAGCGAUAAGCCAAGGCCACCGGGGGCUGUGGCCUCCUUCGGUCUUGCUGGGACCUAGGAGCGCUUGACGGCUUCGGAGCAUCUUGUAUGAGCAGAACAAUCUCUUGUGCACCCCCUCGAACCCCAACAACAUGUCUCCAGUAGCUGCAACAAUGACCGCGUUUGCUCUCACUCAGAUCUCUCCUCUUUCUUUCUCUGUCUGCUUCGUUUCCCCUCUUCCACUCCCCCUCUGCCCCCCACAAUAUCCACCCCCUUCUGUUUGCCCCUGGUCACCAGUUGCUCUCCCUUUGAAUUGCAUCUACCCAGCCAGGAAGGACGAACCCGACUGAAUUCAGAGAGAACUGGGUGGAUUUCAGGGCUAACAUUUGAGUGAAGAUGUUAUUGACAGGGCAUUGGGAUGGAGGGUGGGGAGCAGAGGGAUGUAAUUAGAAAGAGCUACUCAAGGAUGCAGCAUGGGGGAAAAAGGGCUUCUGACACAUUUGUGCCUCUGCACUGUCCUUGGGAGUGGGAGAGGGGUGAGAGGACUUUGUUUCUAGCAGGCACAAUCUAUACUGUGAAUCAUGAAACAUACAGCGUGCGGGUUGGCAAGAGAUCCACGUGCCUCCGUGACACGCACAUGCCUCAGGCUUGGAAGAGUUUGCCUUGGUCAUUAGCAGCCAGGCUGCCUAACACAUUAAGAAACAAUCUAGUUACCUAUGGAAUAAUGUCAUUUGCCUGCCUUGGGUGCUCAGCGGUCAAUUGCCAGCACCUUCCCAGGCACUGAGCUCUCCUGGGUAGACGUCACCCUUGUUAGAGCCACCAAAUUCCAGUGGAGAAUAGCAAACAGCUAACAGUGCCUGGGAAAGCAGAAAACAAUUGCCAUCCGCUAUGCUACAGGUCAGCCAUCAAUCCUGGUGCUGCCAUGGAGAGCUGGAGCAGCUGCUGUCAUCCCAGACCUCUCCCGUAUUGCACCAGUUAGUCACUAGGAGACAGGCUCUGUGCCCUUCCUCGGAUCAGUGAGCCACCCACUGUAGGCUACAACGUAUCACGCUGCUGCAUUAGCGGCCAACGAGCAAGGGGAAAGUGGGGCUGGGCGAUCUUAGUGAUGGAGUUGAUUUUAUCCUGUAUGGGUUCUUAGAGCAUGAUCAGUACCGUAGUAUCUGAGCUGGUACAGAUGAGGCUUGAA